UACAGUAAGCGACACACGAAGUCCCACACUCUAUGCCGCCGUUGUGGGAACAGAGCCUUCCAUCGGCAACACAAAACCUGUGCCCAAUGCGGGUACCCGUCGGCGAAGCUCCGUUCGUACGAGUGGGGCCAGAAGGCUAAGAGGAGAAAGACCACCGGAACAGGGAGGAUGCGGCACCUGAAGGAUGUCUCUCGCAGGUUCAAGAAUGGGUUUAGGGAAAACACCGUCGCCCGCAAGAGGACCAAGACGACGACGGAGGCUUGA